AUGACUGAAGAAGAAUUAAAGAGGAAAAUUAGAGUCCGCGGGGGUCACCGGGCUUCAGCCAAACGUAUAAUUGCCGCAGCUGAAGAAAGUCUUCAAGUAUUCGACCCAAACAACCCAGAAACAGUUAUUAGGGUGAAACAGCAGCUGACCACCCUCAAGGAAAAAAUGAAAACUCUGAGUGUGCACGAUGAAGAAAUAUUAAGUUUGGUAAAGAAAGAAGAAAUCGAAAACGAGAUUGAACAAGCUGAUAUAUUUAAGGAACGAUUACAACACUCGAUAGUAAGCAUCGAAAUGGCACUAGAGAAAAUUGUAAACGAGACAUCGGCUCAUGGUAGCACUGUUAGUGGCACAUCACCCAGCUCGUCUAAUGUAGGCUAUUAGUAAAACACGGAGCACGGAGCACGGAGCACGGAGCACACGGAGCACGGAGCACACGGAGUACGGAGCACACGGAGCACGGAGCACACGAAGUACGGAGCAGUAGAAAAACGAAAAUCCUUUAUAAUAAAAUACACUGUUUACUAUUACAAAUUUUUGUUAUUAUUAACAAAGUUUUUUCGCGUAUUACACGUUGGGGAAGUAGGAAAAUGGGGCUUUUACUGAAAAACACAUAUGAUGCAAAACCAGGCUGCCAAAAGCCAUAGUAUUUAAAAUGGGAUUGUGAAACUCGUUAUCUUACAUCUAUCAAGCUUAUGUAGUUAUAUUAUAUUCCGAUGGGCAACACAUAAAGAAACACUUACUGUAGAGAACAGCCGAUAUAUUUCGUUACCCCUGCCAAAAAAUAGCCAAGUAUACUCAUCUUUCAAUGUAGCGGAUCGACUGAACAUUAAAUCUUGUGAUGAGAAAAGUGAAUUUUCGGUUUAUCCUUCGGCUCAGUGACCGGUGGCAGUGAGCUGUACGGCCGGCUAAGUUUAAACCGUUAUACAGUAAAUCAUUACUGCUUUCAUUCUUUUAAUUCGUUUUGAAUAUUCGGAAUCAUUCACAAUAUUAUAAAACUGUAUAAGAUAGCUGUACGUAGAACUAUAAAUGCUGUAGAAUGAAAUAAAUAAAGAAAAGUAAGUUUUCAAAUCGCGGUAUUUGCCGAUGAAUCGGUAAUCGCUACAGAAAAACAGAACAAAUUACAGUAUUAAAAUCACAACAAACCGCGGAAGUGGGACAAUUUGACCGUAUUAAAGCUGCUUUUGGGAAUUUAGAUUUUAGGUCUUCGUUUUACAUGUACCCAGACCAGUAAAUAUUUUUAAGUUUUGAAUUUUGUGUAUAAAUCAACACCAACGCCUCAAAGGCGAGAAGGAGGGCAAGAUUGUUAGAAUUGCUAUUGUAAACAUGAGCAGUUUCGAGCAUAAACAUGAAAUUGAAACGAGUAAUUUUUACACAUCUGAUUGACUAAAUUCAGGAAGCCAUUUAAGUGUACGUGUAUUUGUUACAAUUCCGAUCAACUCUGCCGUGCAGCACGGCAGAGCCAGAGACAGAGUAAAUUGUAAACAAAUUGUAAGCUUGUGAGAAUCAAAGUUCAAAACUCAAAAAUAUUUACUGGGUACAUGUAAAACAAAGACUUAAAAUCUAAAUUCUCAAAAGUAGCUUUAAUACUGUCAAAUUUUCCGAAGUCUGAUUUAGUUGUUUCAAAAGCAUAGAAUACACACACACACUUCUGCAUGGAUUUCGUACAUGUUCUGCAUGUGUUACAGUAAAAAUACAAAAAUUGUCCUACUUCCGCGGUUUGUUGUGAUUUACUGUAAUUUGUUCUGUUUUUCUGUAGCGGUUACCGAUUUAUCGGCAAAUACCGCGAUAAAACGUAGUUUUCUUUAUUUAUUUUAUUCUACAGCAUUUAUAGUUCUACAGCUAUCUUAUACAGUUUUAUAAUAUAGUAGUGAAUGAUUCCGAAUAUUCAAAACGGAUUGAAAGAAUGAAAGCAGUAAUUAUGUAUAACGGUUUAAACGUAGGCCGUACAGCACACUGCUCACAGUGGUCACUGGGACGAAGGAUAAACCGAAAAUUCACUUCUCUCCAUGACAAGCUUUUAUAAUGUUCAGUCGAUCCGCUACAUUGAAAGAUGAGUACUUGGCUAUUUUUUGGCAGGGGUAAUGAAAUAUAUCGGCUGUUCUCUAAGUGUUUCUUAAUGCGUUGGCCAUCGGAAUAUAAUAUAACUACAUAACUCAUAAGCUUGAUAGAUAUGAGAUAACGAGUUUCACAGGCACAAUCCUAUUUUAAAUACUAUGGCUUUUGGCAGUUUUGCAUCAUAUGUGCAGUAAAAGCCCCAUUUUUCUACUUCCUCAACGUGUAAAACGCGAAAAAACUUUAUUAAUAAGAACAAAAAUUUGUAAUAGUAAACAGUGUAUUUUAUUAUAAAGGAUUUUCGUUUUUCUACUGCUCCGUAGUUCGUGUGCUCCGUGCUCCGUGCUCCGUGUGCUCCGUGCUCCGUGUGCUCCGUACUCCGUGCUCCGUGCUCCGUGUGCUCCGUGCUCCGUGUUUUACUAAUAGCCUCUAAUGUAAGUCAAAAUUCAUCUUAUUCUGCUACUGUAAAAUUACCAAAGUUAAGCUUGAAAAAAUUUAGUGGGGAUGUUACAAAGUGGACAACAUUUUGGGAGUGCUAUGAAUCUGCUAUUCACAAUAAUGCUAAUCUCACAAAGAUUGAAAAGUUCAAUUAUUUAAAAUCACUUUUGGAACAUUCUGCAGCAGAAACUAUAGAGGGACUGCUGUUAACAAAUGCAAACUAUGAUGAAGCAAUUAAGAUCUUGAAAGAUAGGUUUGGAAAUCAACAAAUUAUUAUCAAUAGCCACAUGGAAGCCCUGUGUAAUAUACCAAAUGUUGGAAGUAUUGACAAUGUCAAAAUGCUUCGUCAACUUUAUGUCAAAGUAGAAACCCAUGUGAGAAGCCUUACAAGUCUUGGAGUCAACUCAGGCUCAUAUGGGAAUCUAAUGAUUUCAAUUCUCAUGAAUAAGCUACCACAAGCAAUGGGUGUUAUUGUUACGAAGGCAUUGGGGAGCACAUGGACCCUUGAAAAAAUGUUGGAUACUGUUAAGUCUGAAUUAGAAGCCCGUGAAAGAGCCAACAUGUUGAGUUCAAAACCAGCAAGCAAACCACCAUAUUCCCCACAUCCAAGGGGAUACAGCAGUGCAGCAGCCCUCCUAAACAAUGGAACCCAUCUGACAUGCACUUAUUGUAAAAAUACCCAUCCCUCAGCUCAUUGUAAUGUUGUCACCAACCCGAAUGCGAGAAAGCAGAUCCUACAAAAGGAAGGCAGAUGUUACAUCUGGAAAAAUCAUGGAAAAAUCAAACUUACAUCUGGAAAAAUCAAACCCUUCGGAAAAAUCAUGUCAGCCGAGGAUGCACAUCGUCCCUGA